AUGUCCAUCAGUGUGAAUCUGAGGAAGAUCUCCAACCUGCCGGGACGAUAUGACAGAAAGGUCGAACUCAGCUUCCGAGGUUUCACCCAUAAAACCAGAGUCCUGCAGUGUGAGAACUUGGCCAUCUUCAACGAGAAUUUCCGUUGGCCUCACUAUGGAAAAGUGAUAAGAGAUGAAGUUUUGAGCAUCAGUGUUUACAACUGCAGUAAAGUCUUCUCCAACAGACUGCUCGGUAAGCUGGUCAUUAGUCUCCAGCAUGUUGUCACUUCAGGGAGGCUGUUGCUACGGGAACCACUCACUGAUGACAACUACAGCCCGACUGAUAUCUAUAUAGAGUUGGAUAUUCGGUAUCAUCCAGUUGAGGGAACAGCAGGAAAAUGGGAGGGACAUGACUUUCUGGAAAUUGAAGACAAUGAUGAAUCAUCCCUGGUCAUCAGAAACGAAGGGUUUGGUAACCCUGAGAGUCAGAAGACCGUCGCUCGCCCAAAUCAGCUGGAGAGAGAGGCUCGGCGUCUGGGGCGGAACCUGGUCCGGACCGGGGAUGAAGACGAAGAUGACGAUGAUGAUGAUGAUUAUGAUGAUGACUUGAUGGAUUUGGAGGCCUCUAAUGUCAUCUUCACUCCUUUGCUGAGUCGUAACAGGCCGCUGUCCAGACGUGUCGUUGCAUCCUCUCCCAGAGUCCAGAGCUUUCAGGUGAAUGUGAACAUCUUGGAGGCCCAAAAGCUGGUUGGAGUGAACAUCAACCCUGCAGUUUUCAUCAGAGUUGGCAAUCAGAAAAAACACACAGCGACACAGAAAUCAACCAACUGUCCGUUCUACAAUGAGAACUUCCAGUUUGAGUUUCAGGAGACUCCAGAGAUCCUCUUUGAUAAAGUCAUAGAGAUAAAGGUAUUCCACAGACGGAUUCUGGCCUUCCUGUUGACUCACAUCGGAACUUUUAAAAUUGACAUCUGCACCGUGUACAACCAGCCAGACCACCGCUUCUACCAGAAAUGGGCUCCUAUCACCGACCCAGCAGACACCAGGUCAGGGAUCAAAGGUUACGUCAAGGCCAGCCUCAGUGUGAUAAUGAAGGGAGACGCUAUGGGCAUGCCCAGUCUGCCACCUACGUCCACGUCUGGAGCCCAGGAGGACAUUGAAAAGAACCUGCUGCUUCCUCGUGGUAUGCCUUCUGAGCGUCCGUGGGCUCGGUUCCGCAUCCGGAUCUACAAGGCCGAGGGCCUGCCCACCAUGGACUCAGGGCUAAUGGCCAAAAUGUCAAAGGUCACUGACCGAACAGUCUUCAUUGACCCCUACGUAAAGGUCACCUUUGCUGGACAGGAGGGUGAGACGUCAGUCGCUAGUGCCACAAGCUGUCCAGUUUGGAACGAAGAGAUCUCCUUUAUUGAGCAGUUUCCUCCUCUGGCCCAGCGAAUCAGAGUCCAGAUCCUUGAUGACGCCAAGAUGGGAGACAUUGCCCUGGCAACACACUUCCUGGACCUGCAGCAAAUUUCUGAUCCCACCAGGAAUGGGUUUAACCCCACUUUUGGUCCAUCUUGGGUUAAUCUGUACGGUUCUCCUCAGAACUCCACUCUCGGAGACAUCCACCAGGCUUUGAACCAGGGUCUGGGUGAAGGGAUCUUCUACCGUGGUCGGAUCCUUCUCGCUCUCUGCGUGGAGGUUUACUCCUCUCCCUCUGCCAUCACUGCAGAUGCAAGCUCUGCUGCCCUGGGAAAGAUGAAAGGAGCACUGGGGAAGAUGGGACUGAGGAAGAAGAGGGGCAGCCAGAAGAGAGAUAAGAAGGAAGUGACUCCAGCUGCCACCGGAUUGGCUGACGACUCAGGGGAGGCGGCAAUUGAGGUACCAGAGGCUGUUACCGUGGAAAUCGAGGAGAUCCACCCGCUCCCUGAGGGUUUCGUGGGAGAAAAACAGGAGUUUCUGCUGUUCUCGUCUCUGUUUGAAGUCACCAUGAUGGAUCCAUCUGUAGGAACCAAACCGAUACGCUUUGAACUCUCCAUAGGGAAUUAUGGGAAGGUGGUAGAGGUAAGGAGCGCCAAGAAGAGUCGGGACGAGCAGAAGACUAGCAAGGAGCAGCUGAGGAGGAGUAGGGAGGAUCUUACUGAAGAGGCGCAGGGUCUGCUGGACUCAGAGGACGAGCUGGACAAAGUGGAGAUGCAGAGUCCUGAACCUGAGAAAAGAUCUGUGUCUGCUGCCAUGAUACCCCAACCCACUGAGUAUGACAGGUCGUUCCAGUGUAUUCCUCUCCAGGCCCCUGCAGUGAAACACAAGCCCUGUAUGUUUAUCUGGAGCCAGUUUGAAGAUCACAGCUUUCGUCUCUAUCAAGCUAACUGGCUCAGCAAGAUGGCCGACAGGCUGGAAAUUGGUCUUGAUGAGGUGGAACGUCUCAUGAGGAGGCCGAAGAGUAACAUGAAGGGGCGUCUGGAGGAGUUGCUCCUGGAGCUGGUGGCCUCUUGCAAACAGUUCAGUCUUUUCUCAGACAGAAGGUCUCAGUCUCGUCCCAACAAUCUGGACCACCGCAGGAGAGACUUCAUCAAGAAGAAUUUGGUCCUGGUGGCAAGACAGGCAGUGAGGGCUAAGCGGAGGAUCACCAGGCGGACAGCCAAACAGCGGGUCAUUGCUAUCAGGAGACUCCUGAAGAAACUCCGCCUGCUGGCUAAAGAGCCCCAAAAUACCAUCCCGGAUGUGUUUUUAUGGUUACUGAGUGGUAGCAAGCGAUUGGCUUACGCGAGGAUCCCCUCCAACUCCAUCCUCUUCUCAUUGGUGGAGGAUCAGAGGGGACGGGACUGUGGUCGAGUCACAACUCUGUAUAUGAAGUCUCCAGGAUGUGCAGCAAGUGAGAUCUUUGCAAAGCUGGAGGUGUACUUGUGGCUCGGUCUGGCCAAGUACAGUAAAGAGGCCAUCACCAACCUUCCAGAGGAGUUUGUUCCGGACUAUACGGAGGAGGAGGAAGGGGAGGGGAGGCAGGUUACUGUGGGGACGAAAAAGCUUCCUGCAACUCUAUCCUGCCAGGACAGCAGGUACUUCCAGCUGCGAUGUCACCUGUACCAGGGGCGUGGCAUGAUAGCUGCUGACGACAAUGGCCUAUCAGAUCCUUUCGCCAAGGUCCUGUUCUCUACACAGUGCCAAGUCACCAGGGUGUUGUAUGAAACUCUCUCUCCGGCCUGGUGUGAGUGUCUGUUGUUCGACAGAGUUCUGCUAGAGGGAACGAUGGAGGAUCUCCAGCAAGACCCACCCCUAAUCAUCAUCAACAUCUAUGACUAUGACACCAUGGGUAGUCCAAAGCCUCUGGGUCGGGCAUUUGCUGAGCCAGAGUUUAAACCCGCGAUGCAGUUGUACAAGAAACCCCGCCUGCGUUUCUAUGACAUCAGCAUGGGGAGAAUGGCUGCCGGCGAGCUGCUGGCUGCCUUUGAGCUUAUCGAGCUAGACUACUCUGCGUUUGGAGAGCCUGGGCUCCCCAAAAGUGUGGACCCUCAGGAGCUGCCCUAUCUGGAGGAGGAGGGAUUUUAUUUCAUCCCAGAUGGAGUCCGACCUGUUCUGAAGACCUUCAGGAUUGAGGUGUUGUUCUGGGGUCUGCGGGACCUGAAGCGGGUGCAGCUGUUUGAGGUGGAGCGUCCUAUGGUGAGGGUGGAGUGUGCAGGACAACAGCUUGAGUCUGAAGAGAUUGAGAGCUACCAGAAUCAUCCAAACUUCAAAGAGGUGGUCCGCUACCUUCAUGUGGAGCUGCCGGAGCAGGCCUACCUCCACCCUCCUCUGACGUUGUUUGUGGUGGAGCAUCGGGCAUUCGGUCGUGUCGCUCUGGUCGGGACCCACGUGGUCCAGAGCCUCAUGGACUAUGCCCCACGUGAGCUGGGGGAGGAGCCAGAUGAGGAAGAGGAGGAGCCUAAACCAAAAGAGAAGCAGAAUCUCAUCAUCAACCCUUUGACGACAAUGAAGAAUAUCAAACUCAGCAACCUGCCAAUCAAAAGUUCAAAGAUCCCCAUGAACCCCAUGAAGAUAUUUGAUGAGCCUCUGAAGAAGCUGAUGAGGAAGGAGCCGGAGGAAGAGCUGGAGGAGGAGCCGCCAGAGCAGGAAGAGCUGGACUGGUGGUCCAAAUACUAUGCUUCACUGGAAGAGAUGGAGAAACAGGCUGCUGAAGAGGACCAGAGGAUGAUGGAGGAACAAGCAGAGUCAGAUGGAGUGAAUCUGAGCAUGGCGAACAUUGAAGAAGAGGAGGAGGAAAUCGUGGUGUUGGAUAUUGAGCCUCCCAAACGCAAGCAGAUCGCCACACUACAGUUGUAUGCAGGCGAACUGGAGUCAGAGUUCAGUCAGUUUCAGGACUGGCUGCAGAUCUUCCCGUUGUACAAAGGCAGAGCGAGCGCCGAGGAUGAAGAGGAGGAUGACGAGGAGAGGCUGAUGGGAAAAUACAAGGGCUCCUUCCUGGUUUAUCCGAUUGAUUCAGGAGAUGAAGAAGACGUCAAGUGUCAGAUCACCAAUGGAAUCCCCCGAAACUCCCCCCUCAAAGUCCUGGUCCGAGUCUACAUCGUCAAGGCCACCGCUUUGGCUCCCACAGACCCGAAUGGCAAAGCCGACCCGUACCUGGAGGUCCAAAUGGGCCAGCAGACUCUGGACAGCCAAGAGCGAUACAUCCCCAAACAGCUCAACCCCACGUUUGGAGAGGUGUUUGAACUCACAGUGUCUUUCCCACUGGAGACAGAGCUGGUUAUCACAGUGUUGGACCACGAUCUUGUAGGGGCUGAUGAUGUAAUUGGCGAGACACACAUUGACCUGGAGAACCGGUUCUACAGCCGCCACAGAGCCACCUGUGGUCUGGCGCUUUACUACGACACUGACGGCUACAACGUGUGGCGUGAUGUGAAAAAGCCGUCGGCUAUCCUGGCUGAGCUCUGCAGGAGGAAUGGCAUCCCAUCUCCAGAGUACAGAACAUCUGAGGUCAAAGUUCUCAACAAGCUCUUCAAGAUCCCACUAGAUGCAGUACCUGAAGACCUGCUGAAGAAGAACCAGCGUACUCCAGAAGAGGAGGAAGAGAUGGAGCAGCAUGCAGCCCUGAGCGUGCUGCAGCGCUGGGGGGAGAUGAACGAGUUCAUCUCUGGAGCCAUUCGUCUGGUCCCAGAGCACGUGGAGAUCCGGCCUCUGCUGAACCAGGACAAACCUGGACUGCCACAGGGUUACCUUCAUAUGUGGGUGGACAUGUUUCCCACUGAUAUCCCGGCCCCGCCCCCUGUUGACAUCAAGCCUCGCCUACCGAUACAGUACGAGCUGCGUGUGACCAUCUGGAACACGGAUGAAGUAUAUCUGGACGACGUCAAUCCUUUCACUGGCACUCCAUCAUCCGACAUCUACGUUAAAGGCUGGAUUAAAGGACUGGAAGACGACAAACAGGAGACUGACGUCCACUUCAACUCUCUGACUGGAGAGGGAAACUUCAACUGGAGAUUUGUGUUCCGCUUUGACUACCUUCCUACUGAGAAAGAGGUGGUGUAUAAAAAGAAGGAGUCCUUCUUCUCUCUGGAGGAGUCAGAAUUUCGACAGCCCUGUGUUCUGACGCUGCAGGUUUGGGACUAUGACCGCAUCGCUGCCAACGACUUCCUGGGCUCCAUUGAGCUUCGUCUCCAUGACAUGGUGCGACCCGCGAAGUCGGCCGGUAAGUGUUCGAUUCAGAUGGCAAAGGAUCGGGCUGGCCCCCGAAUCUCCAUCUUUCGCUCCAAGAAGAUGAAGGGCUGGUGGCCGUUGACCCGCCCGAAGACUGCCGAGGACUUUGAGAAGGAGGAGAAGGAGAAAGAGGAGGCCAAGAAGAAAGGCAAGAAGAAGAAGAAGAAGACCAAAGACAAGAGGGCGAAGAUGAAGCCGGAAGACAUCCAGUACACGGACAGCACUGGCAACACUUACCUGCUAAUGGGGAAGGUGGAGGCUGAGCUUCAGCUGGUGACAUUAGAGCGGGCGGAGGCCAAUCCAGUCGGACGAGCCCGCAAGGAGCCGGAGCCUCUGGACAAACCAAAUCGUCCCACCACCUCCUUCAAUUGGUUCAUCAACCCGAUGAAGACCUUCAUCUAUCUCAUCUGGAAGAAGUUCAAGAAGUACAUCAUCGCCCUGGCCAUCCUCGCCAUCCUAACGCUCUUCCUCGGCCUCGUCAUCUACACGUUGCCGCAGCAAAUCUCCUCCCUCAUCAUCAAAGGAUAA